AUGGCCUUCCAGUACCUUGCCAUCCUUGCGCUCGUUGCCGCCGCCAGCGCCGGAGUUCUGCCAGCCCAGCAGCUCUACCAUGCUGCACCUGCUCCAGCUGUGGCCUAUGCUCAUGCCCCAGUGGCAGUCGCCCAUGCGCAGCCCGUUCUGGCCAAGCACGACGAUGAGUACGACCCCCAUCCCCAGUACAAAUUCGCCUACGAUGUGCAGGACGCUCUCUCCGGCGACUCCAAGAGCCAGGUGGAGGAGCGCGAUGGCGAUGUGGUCCGUGGCGAGUACUCGCUGGUGGAUUCCGAUGGCUACAAGCGCACUGUUCAGUACACCUCUGACCCAGAGAACGGCUUCAACGCUGUGGUCAACCGUGUGCCCAUCGACCACGUAAAGGUGGUCAAGGCCGUCGCUGCCCCAGCACCUCUGCCCGUCGCCUAUCACCACUAG